GCGAGCGCGGCCCUCGACGACCGCGCGGCAAUGCGGCGGCUGCGACUCGCCGAGAGCCUCUCGCUAUCUCAGGGCUGCCGAUCGCGCCGGGGGUCCCGGGAUCCGAGCCUUUUAAUAUUGUUCUCGGUAUUUCGGGUCAACCUUGCAGCAUCGUCGCUCUACUCACCGAGUGAAUGAGCGUCGAAGUGUUGCGGUGAGGGGAGCCGUCGUCGUGUUCAGCGAUAUGACAAGCGAAUUGCUGUACGAAUCGUCGGCGGCGCCGCGCUCCGAGGACGGCGAGCGUAAGGUCGCCCAAAAGCGCUGGCGUUUGCUGGCCCGCGCACUCACCCGCUCACUGAACUUCUUCGAGGACGAAGUUCUCGGUAAGAACGAGGAGAUAUCGGCGCGACGCUUCACCACCUUCGACCUCCUCCACCAAGUGCAUCUCGAGAACGAGGACGAAUGCACCUGGUGGCUGUAUACUGGAUUACUCGAGGGAGAGCUUUACGAGGUGCUGGUGCGACGCAUCAGCAAGUGCUUCACCGCCAACGAGCUCAUUGGCUUUAACAACACUGGCAACGUAUGCGUUUGGCCGUCCGAGGAAUGCUUAGCUUAUUACCUACUUAAGAAUCCGGAAAUCUGCCGGAGACGUAAGGUCCUGGAGCUUGGCGGGGGUAUGAGCUGCCUGGCCGGAGUGCUGGCGGCCAAGUAUUGCGAGCCGAGCUCGGUGACAUUGACGGACGGGAACGCGAGGAGCGUCGAGAACGUCAGGUGUAUCGUCGAGAGGAACGGCAUGGCUGGGCUGACGAGGUGCGCUGUCGUCCAGUGGGCCAGGGCUGCCAAGGCCUUGCGACAGUCGAGCACCGCGGCCUGCAGCCAGGAGUUCAAUGGUGAGGCUUCGUAUGAGGUUAUACUCUGCGCGGACUGUCUAUUCUUCGACGAGGCGAGACUCGAUCUUGUUGAUACGAUUAAUGGCUGGCUGGCCGAUGACGGAGUUGCCCUGGUUAUGGCGCCGCGUCGGGGCACAACCUUCCGCGAAUUCGCCGAAGCCGCGGUGCAGCGGGGCUUCAUUGCCCGGCAGGUCGAGAGCUACGAUACCGAGGUUUGGUCUCGACAUUUAGAUCUGUUAGCAACGAAUCGCGACUACUGCCCUGAUAUCCACUUCCCUGUGCUACUUGAACUCACUAAGCAGAAGAAGAUCCCACCUGGAUGAUGCUCGAACGCGGCUAUAGUGUAAAUUUACCUCAACGAUCAUUAAUUGCUCAAGAAAUUGGG